GAGGUCUCUACUGUUUGCUCCACGCAUUCUGGGUCUUUUUUGACUGCAUUGAUAUUUCUUAGAAUGGAACCAGUUCCGAAAAUUCUAGCUGGGCUUAUUCUGCUGACUUUAUGUGUGAUGGGCUGCUCUAGCCAACAUUGGUCCUACGGAUUGCGCCCUGGAGGAAAGAGAAAUGCUGAAAAUUUGAUCGAUUCUUUCCAAGAGGUAGCCAAGGAGUCUGAUCAACUAGUAGAGCCUCGCUUUGAAUGCACCAUUCGCCAACCCCCCUCUCCCCUCAGGGAUCUGAGAGGAGCUCUGGAAAGACUGAUUGAAGAGGAAAAGGGGCAGAAGAAAAUUUAAAUCCGUUGAGUCCCAACGAUUGACAAAACAAGUAUAAUUCUAGCAUUGAAAUUUGUGAUCCAUUUAAUAGCUGUAAGUUAAUUGUGUGAAUUUUAGAAAUUCUUAUGCCAAAUAGCACAUAUUUCAUAAUAAAGUUCCAUGGUGUGA